GUAUGACUGAGCGUACUGAGUGUAGUGAGUGAGUGUGAGCUGCUGGUUAUUAAUGGUAUUUAAUGGUGAAGACCCGCUGGUUGGUGUGGUGCAGAUGUUAUGGAGGUACCCCGGGUGCUGCGGGGUGCGGGGAGGCCGGCGCAGAGCGGCGGUCUGUGGGUAUAAACCCGGUGCUCUGCUACCCAGAGAUAUCUGCUAUUCAGCUAACCGCACUGCGCAUGCGCGGACAGCACUGUGUUUUUAUUAGAAAUAUUUGAAGGUCUGACUCCUCCGGUUUUUCUCUGCUGAGAGGAACGCUGCUGAGACUCAGACACUGUUACUGUUAAUAGUUUAAUAGUAUAGUGUUAUUAGAGUAUCACACAGAAAAAUGGUGGAUCUUCAGGAAAUAUCGUCUGAUUUUAUCCACACUGAUGCGUCUCCCAGCUUAAAACAGGACAGCGUAGUGAAGGAGAAAAAUCACCAGUGCUCUGAGUGCGGAAGGAGCUUCGCUCACAUCAGUAAUCUCCAUAAACACCGGCGCGUUCACACCGGAGAGAAACCGUAUCAGUGCCCGGACUGCGGGAAAAGCUUUGGUCGAGGGCAGAGUCUCAGAAGACACCAGCGCAUUCACACUGGAGAGAAACCGUAUCAGUGCUCACAGUGUGAGAAAAGUUACCGAUAUCAAAGUCAUCUAAUAGAGCACGAGCGCAGUCACACGGGCGAGAAACCGUACCAGUGCGAAAAGUGCGAAAAGAGCUUUUUGCGCAAGAGUGGCCUUCGAGAACACCAGUACGUUCACACAGGUGUGAAACCGUAUCACUGCUCCGAGUGCGGGAAGAACUUUUCUCUACGCACUACUCUGCUAGCUCACCAGCAAAUUCACACCGGAUACAAACCGUACUACUGCGCAGAGUGCGGGAAAGGUUUCAAAGACGUGCACGAUCUCUCAGUCCACCAGCGCGUUCACACCGGAGAGAAACCGUUUCUGUGCCCCUACUGUGGAAAGAGCUUCACUCUGAAGCGUAGCCUCCAAAUCCACCAGCGGAUUCACACCGGAGAGAAACCGUAUCAGUGCUCAGAGUGCGGGAAGAACUUCAGCGACCCGCGAGAUCUCCGCGUCCACCACCGCGUUCACACCGGAGAGAAACCGUAUCAGUGCCCGGAGUGCGGGAAGCGCUUCACCUGCAGCAGCAGCCUCCAGGAUCACCAGCACAUUCACACCGGAGAGAGACCGUACCAGUGCUCCCAGUGCGGGAAGACCUUCAGACAGCGCGGAGCGUUCAGAUCUCACCGACACCUCCACGCUAAAAAACAGAGCGUGACGGAGCGUACAGAGCUUCCCGACGCUGAGGAGGAACCUGCAGAACCCUUGACCUCUGAGGAGCAGAUAGAGCAGCAGGAUCCUCAGCAAUAGCAGCUCUAUGAACUGAUCACCUCUGGGUUUCAGAUUCUUUAGGAUUCGCUGCAGAUCUCUGAUGAAGCUGCUCUUGGUCCUCAAAUGAGGUAAAAACUUCUUCAGGAAAGGUUCAGACAGAAUCCAGAACUGUGAUUCCCCAAACAAAAUGGACCAGAAUUAUCCAGUGUGAAUUUAUUCAUCACAUACUGCUGUCUUUUUUAUAUAUAUUUUCUUCCUUCUGUCUCUUUUUUCUUAUCUGGUUUCAUUAUAUGAUUGCUGACCCAGCUGGCAUUUCAACGUUGAAUAAAUGUUGAAUCAACAUUGAUCAACAUAGAUGUUAUGGUUGAAUCAACAUUGAAUCAACUGUUGUAUUUGAAAAGUGAAUUAACGUUGAUAUAGCAACGUUGUUUCAACGUCAUAUGUUCAUCCUUCAAUAAACCAUAGCUCACUAAAAUGAGAAAAUCCUCUGGUUAAUAAUAAACUUACAUCACUGCAGUAAAUCUACAGAAUAUAAAGAAUGUUCCUCACCACUACCAAUCUGAUUACUGAACAUCUGAUCUCAAAAACACUAAAACAGUAAAACUAAUAGAACAUGAACAUGAUGUUAAAUUUAAAAGCAGUUACUGCAAAUAGAAGUAAAACUCUGUUUCAUUCCUCCAUCCAACCGUUUUUAGAAAUGAUAUGGUGAUGAAAUGUAAAAUGCUGAUUCAAAAGGCAGAAGGUUGAGGACAAUAUGUUGAUUCAAUGUUAGCACAACCAUUGACCAUUAAAUGUUGAUUCACUCUUGUUUCAACGUUGAAACAACAACAUACAUUACUUUAGUCAUAUUUCGACCACAUUUUAACGUCGAAGGUCGGUUGUGUGCCAGCUGGGGAUGUUCAUAUUUUGCCGGCUGCAGGAAUGAUGAACCUGGCUGACUGGCUUCUGUCAGUAACUAGUGAGAGGCGGCGCACCUUUUUGAAGGGGGUUCUGAUAUUAUUCUGUUGUUCUACUUUCCUGUAUUUACCAUCACAGAAUUUAAAGGGGCGCUCACACAAUUUAACAAUGUAUACAGUUCAUAACCAGUCCUUGUCUCGAAGCCCUAUAGGCAAUUGAUUGGUUUGCUUGCCUUGUUGCUAUAGGCCUGGUGGUAUCUCCGUUUUUUAUACCGUGUCAAAACCUUUACAGAGGGCAGGGAUUUGUGUAAAGCGUGCAAGAUCCUACAAGUGGCUACGAUACCAUCAAAUUCUGGGCAAUUAUUUAACUAAAAAACGAUCAAAUACAAAGAUCAGUUUGGUAACAGCCGAAGUAAACACUGCACAUGUUUACUGAGUGACCACUUUUGAUGCCAUAUAAAAAUAUAGUAGUAAUACACUCUAAUAUUAAGAUAUUUUAUGUGGCAGUUUUAGUUUUUGCCUUAUUUUCUGUUUCCUGUUGUAGAAAUGUAUAUACUAUGAUGAUGAUGCAAUUUGAAUAAUAACAUGUUCUUUAUUGCUUUAUUUAAUUGUUGCAGUUCUGUGUUAAGAAAUAAAUUUUCCUGUUGAAAUUUA